AUGACUUUCAACUUUGUUUACUCGUCUUUUUCUCGAACGGUUUUAUUACCUAGCACACAUGGGAGCAAGACGUGCUGUCGGCAAGCGUCUCGUCAAUUUGAGAUGCGCGCCUUGCUCAGAGCACGGAACAGCAGGUGCGUUCAGCAGCGACGACAAGGUCGCCGGCGUUGUAAUGGUGGUAUGGAGCGCUGCUGGCGCCUGUCGCUCUCACCAAACUCGUUCAAGUCCAGCCAAAACGAAGAUAAAGUUCUCGGUGGUCCGUACGCCGGCGCCUUUGGUGAGUGGUUCCUAACCGAGGCCGACGUUCGCGAGGUGCGCGCUUACCGUGCGGGCAUGGCGUUGGUUACCUUAGCUGCUGUGACAGCUGUUGGAGCGGCCUGGUUAACGAGUGGGAACGGAGAGCUCCCACUGGACUUGGCUCAAUUCAGGUCGACUGCGUUCGUGGAGGCGCUCUACUGGAGUGGCGUCGCCGGGCUGGGUAUCGCACUACACUACAUCCACAUCUACUUGAAGCCGCUUCAUCGAGCGCUGCAGUAUUUGCUGGGCUUUGGAAUACUCACCUCGGCACUGAGUGAGUGGAUGGUAUGGACAAACACGCACGACUUGUAUGUGCACUGGUUGAUACAGCAUCCAGUUGGCGUUCUAACGGGAGCCGGCUGGGUGGCGGCGGCGCUGACAGGCGUGUUCUUCAAGGAAGCGUUCUGUUUCCGACGCGCAGAAGCGUCGGUGCUUGCCAUGCUGGUCCCGGUACUCGUUGGUGGACACUUCUUGGGUUGGUGGAGCACCGCGUCCGGAAACUCGGGACUCGCGUUGAGCACAGUAGUCGCCAUUUUCAUGACGGUAUUUUCCUUACGGAAAUUUGUGCAGAAUAUCCGGGACGAUCUCGGGGACAAGUCGGUGUUUAUCUUUCAAAGACACCGCCGUCUUUAA